CAGACUCGUCUCGAACUACAGCGGUGAACUACAACUCCCAGCAGCCUCAGCGAGCUAAAGGCGUCAUUGCUGUGCGCGCGCUCUGAAGUGGUGAGCUGGCUGAGAGGUUAUCCUGAUCUUUCAACAUGACCAAACUUCUGCAGUGGCUUCUGGGCGUGUCGCUGAUCGGGAUUGCAUGGGGACUGGUCACAUUUGACCUCCUGGACUUGCAGUUGCCAGCAGUGUACAAGGAAGUGGCCUGGCCAAUGCCUGUCUACCUUCUGGUGGUGUUUGGAUGCUACUCACUGGCAACAGUCGGCUAUAGAGUCGCCACCUUCAAUGACUGCGAGGAGGCAGCCAAAGAGCUUCAGGCACAGAUAAAAGAGGCCAAAGCUGAUUUAAAAAAGAAGGGACUGAAGAUGUGAAAAACAACCAACAGAAUCAUCUAGCCUGUACGAACAUUGUUGAACUGUUAUCAAGCCAUAGAUGGAUGAAUUAUGUGAUGAUAGUUUUCACCAGUUUGCUAAAUCUUCCUGACUUAAAUCCAGAAAUUGAGAGCUUGCAGUGGAAACUAGAAUUGUUUUAAAAACAUUAAGACCUAAAAUAUGUUCUGCAGAUGUAGAUGAUAUUUUUCCUUUAUUUUUCCUGUCCCAACAGUCCGUAUAAAACCUUGCUGAAACAUGUAUAAAAUGCCAGUGAAGAAUGUGCUAUUUCAGUGCAGCUUCCAGGGCAUGUGUAUUUGGGCUGGCUUGGGAUUGAAGAUCUGUCUGUGUUUUUGGAUCCAGUGUUUUUAGCAUAGUCAGAAUUCUCAGUCAAUUCUAGAGUUAGUAACAGCCGUACUGCAUGGCUUCAUGUUUGUGCGAGAGAGCUGUAGCGUGACCCUCGCGCUAACAAUACCGCUAGAUAUAAAACCGGGAGACUGAUUUUUAAUGAGUUUGAUAAUAGGGUAACAGUGUUCAAGAAGUGCACCCAUGAGUGCACAGGAAUGUCUGCGGCAAAAAAAAAACGCUGAGCUCUGUUACUGUUUUAAGAUAGAGCUGAUUGUGUAAUCUGUACUGUUCUGUUCCACUCAAUGGUAUUGGGUUGUGUUACCAUGAACUUCUGGGUCUGCAUUCAUACAGCGGUGUGUGUUGAGUUCGGAUCAGAUACAUUUUACUACUGACCAGACAUUUUUCUUCCUGACCACCAAUUAUCUCGCAUCAGUGAAAUGGACGUUGUCCAGACAACUGCAUUAACUAAAUUUAGUGAUAAGUUUCUGUUGGUUUCUAAUAGAGUCUGUUAAAGGAAUCCAAGGUCCUUUCGUUUUUUUCUUAAUGAAUGAUUUAUAGUUUACUGCACUGUAAUUCGCUGAAGGGGUCACGGCUGUGAAAUGUGAACAUGAUGUGGUCCACUGUUUAAAAAAAAAAAAAAAAAAAAGCUUUGUAAUGUACAAAACUUGCACAGUUCUUGUUUUUUUUUGUCUACAUUCCAUAUUUUGCUGAAUGUUCGGGGCUCUAAGGCUUGAUGUAAAAUACAGACUAUUUUUCCACAUAACCAUCA